AUGCCUACCGAUGAUACAGCCACCAGUGGCUCCCAAAACAACCAAAAUCCACCGGAAAAAUCCUCACUACAUCCGGCUUACACCGUUACGAACAUCAACAACAAGAUCCGAACACUCGAUGGAAAGAAGGUAACGUAUUCCUCUUGGGUUAAACUGUUUAAUCUUAAUGCUUGUGCCUACAAGGUCUUAAAUCAUAUUGAUGGUACUGCCCCACCCGAUGAAUCUGAUCCCUCUUAUGCUUCCUGGUCUGAAAUCGAUGCUCUCAUCCUCCAAUGGAUAUACAGUACUUUGUCAGAUGAUUUAUUGGCUCGUGCUCUGUCUACCGAACUCACUGCUAGGGCUGCAUGGCUUAAAAUACAGGAAAUUUUUGUCAAUAACAAACAGGCCAGGGCUGUCACUCUUGAAACCCGGUUCACCAACACAACUCUAAAUUCAUGUGCAUCCUUUGAUGAUUAUUGUCAAACGCUGAAGGAUCUCGCUGAACAGUUACGUGAUGCUGAUCAACCCGUCUCUGAUAGUCGGCUUGUUAUUCAAAUGGUCCGUGGCUUACCGAUCGAAUAUGAUACCAUCGCUGCCAUCAUAAACCAAAACAAACCCUCGUGGGAUGUUGCUAGAAGUAUGAUUGAAGAUGAACAAAGUCGGGUCUCGGCCAGAUCAAACCAAAAUAAAGAUUCGGUUCUCCUUCAUUCUACUAAUCCCACGUCCACGGAUUCGACCCGCUCACCUUAUCCUAAUGGUUAUCGGGGUCGUAAUUAUGAUCCAGUGAAAGCCGCUCGUGGACGUGGUGCGAAUGCUCGUGGUGGUAGGCAAGGAGGUUCAAAUCGGAAUUACUCAUCUUCACCAUCAGGUCGUGGCUCAUCCUCGUGGCCACCACAACAUCCCAACAUCAGCCAAAAUUCCUCUUACCAAAAUUCAUCACAACAUCAGCCAACCUCAUUUCCCAAUCCCCAUCCCUCCUCUUAA